AUGUGUCAACUUGCAUUUAUAAUUCUCGUCCUUGGCGUCUUGCUGUAUAAGACUUUGCAGAUAGGGAAGCGAGACCCGCGGAUGCCACCUGGGCCACCUACUCUGCCAGUCCUCGGAAACGCUCAUCAGAUUCCUGCCACGGGGCUUUUCAAACAGCUACGCGAAUGGGCACUUCAAUACGGAUCCAUCUUCUCCUUGAAGGUUGGACCAUCCUCCAUCAUCGUCCUGUGUGACCGUGAAGCCAUUCACAAGCUUCUCAUCGAGAAAGGCAGCGUUUACUCCGAUCGACCUCCUAGUUAUGUGGGAAAACUACUCACUCACGGUGACCACCUUGCUCUCGAGCAGAUGGACACCACAUGGCGGUCUAAACGCAAGGUGAUUUCACACAAUUUCUCUCCGAAGAGGCUUGACGAACAACACUUUCGAGUUCAAGAGGCAGAGGCCACAGUCUUGAUGACUCGUCUCCUAGACAAGCCUGAGGGUUUCUUCAACGAGAUCCGAAGAUACACCGCUUCAGUGGUAACGUCCAUCACGUACGGUUUUAGAGCACCUGAUAUGAACUCUUUUUGGGGACAUGGAGUCUACGACGUAAUGGCAAAGUGGACAGCAUCAAUGGAGCCUGGAGCCGCCCCUCCGGUAGAUGUCUUCACCUUCCUGCGAUACAUCCCUUCCUCAAUGGCAUUCUGGAAACGCCGCGCAAUCGACGCCGGCAAGACCAUGGAUGCGACUUGGUCCACCGCACGUCGACUCGUCGAAGAGCGUCGCACGAGUGGAGAGAGACGCAACUGCAUCAUCGACAGCCUACUUGAUGAGUAUGAAGAGAACGGGUGGCCCGAGGCGAUCAGCCAGCAUGCAUUUACCAAUCUCAUGGGAGAGAUUAUCGAGGGUGGUGCUGAUACCACUGCCGCACAACUCUUGACUCUGAUUCUCGCUUUCGCGCUGCACCCCAAGGUUCAGAGGAAAGCUCAGGUCGAGAUUGAUGAAGCCUGUGGGAGUGGUCGUUCCCCUCGAUGGGAUGACUUUUCGAAGCUGCCCUACGUGAACUGCAUCGUCAAGGAAGGGAUGCGUUGGCGUCCGGUUGCUGUCACUGCCCUGCCGCACAAAGUUCGUCAAGACGACGAGUACAACGGGAUGUUGAUCCCCAAAGACUCAACAAUCUUCAUCCCAACCUGGGCCCUCCACCAUACCGAAGAAAACUACCCCGAUGCAGAGCGAUUCGACCCGGACAGAUACCUAAAGCACCCAAAGCUAGCCAACGACUACGCCGGCAGCCCGGAAUGGGAGAACAGAGACCACUACAACUACGGCGCCGGCCGUCGCAUCUGUCCCGGCAUCCACCUCGCGGAGCGCAACAUGUGGCGCAUCGCCUCCAAGCUUCUUUGGGCGUUCGAGUUCGCUGAUCCUGUUGACCCUGUUACGGGCAAGGCUAUGCCCUUGGACCCGCAUGCGUAUAAUCCCGGUAUCUUGCAGGCGCCUUUAGAGUUUGAUGUUCGGAUUACACCGAGGAGUCAGCAUCAUGUUGAGACAAUCCUGCGGGAGUUUAAGGAAGCUGAGGUUUUACUGGCUCAGUAUGAUUGAGCUUGCCGCAAGCGCCUUGACACGGCGAUGAGGCCUGGUAGUUCUAAUAAUGGCAGUGCUUCUCCUAGAUUUGGCGAACGACAUGAAAAAAUAUAUCAAAGC